AAUUAACGGGCUCGCCAUUGUCUAUUCGCAUCAGCAAACUCCGCCAGAUCGGACGUACCAGCUCUUUCCUCUAGAAAUCGAACGUUAAAUCGCAACAGCGCUAGGAUGGCCCCAAAGGUACCGUCGGUGCGGCUAAACAAUGGACUGGACUUUCCGGUCCUAGGUUUGGGUACUUACAUGGCGACCGAAGAGGAAGGUAUUGAGGCGGUUAAAACGGCCAUCGACGAGGGCUAUCGGCAUAUCGAUACGGCGUACUUUUAUCAAAACGAGAGCCAGGUAGGCCAGGCGGUGCGUGCUAAGAUGGCGGAAGGCGUAAUCAAGCGUGAGGAUGUGUUCAUCGUCACCAAGGUGUGGAACACUUUCCAUGCACCGGAGCACGUUGAGCAAGCGUUCCAGCGCUCGCUGGAUAAUCUCGGGCUGGACUACAUCGAUCUGUAUCUGAUACACUGGCCAAUGGGUUGGGCAUUUUCGGGCUGGUCACCGAGCGAUUUUAUGCCGACCGAUGAUGCCACCGGUAAGACGAUCAAUUCGGAUGUGGACUAUCUCGAUACCUGGGCGGCAAUGGAACGGUUGCUGGAGACGGGCAAGGUGAAGAGCAUCGGGGUGUCGAACUUUAACAGCGAGCAGUUGACGCGCCUGCUGGCUCAUUGCAAGGUCAAACCGGUCACCAAUCAGGUCGAGUGCAAUCCGGCCAUCAAUCAGCGCAAGCUGAUCGAGUUCUGCCGGAAGCACGAUAUCGUCAUCACGGCGUACAGUCCGCUGGGGCGUCCGAAUCUAGUCGAUCCGGUUAUAGGUACCGAGGGCAUUCCCAAGCAUGCACUCGACGAUCCGAGAGUGAUCAACAUUGGCAAAAAGUACGGCAAAACCCCGGGCCAGGUUGUGUUGCGCUAUCUGGUCGAGCUGGGCACGGUGCCCAUUCCGAAGUCAUCCCGGCUGGAGCGCAUCCGCCAGAACAUUGACAUCUUCGACUUUCAGCUGACCGCCGACGAGAUCAAAGUGAUGGACGGGUUCCACACUGGCGGACGGACGGUUCCCUUCAAGUUCAGCAGUGAUCAUAAAUACUUCCCAUUCAACCUGGAAUACUGAUAAAGCGCAGAGGCAAACAAUGCGCGCGAUAAGAGCACAGCAUCAUCUAUUAUCAACCAGAGCAGGAGCGGCCGUUGUUGAUGCACGAUUAAUGGACCAUAAUGGCACCGGAUGUGAUUGGAGAGAAGCGCUGGAGCUAGGGAAUAACCGAUUAAAAGUUUUAUUUGGUUUCCAAUAAAAGCGAUUCGUUUGUUAAGU